AGACAACCACCUGACCUCCGUCUCGGGCAACCAACGAACAAUCAUCAUCGCUGAUUUCCCCUUCCAAUCAUGGAUCGGACUCCACAAACAAUGAAUGACCCACACACGUUCUAAUCAGUGAAUAGACUAACGACAUGGACGAGGCAGCCGCCAGGAAGAGAGCAAGCAUCAAUGAAGCGCGUCGCCAGAGGCGAAAGCCUCGGGGCCAGGGGUUACGCAAAAGAACAGGAUGUGCUACCUGCAAACGAAGGCAUCUGCGAUGCGACGAAGCCACUCCAGAAUGCGGCCAGUGUGUGAAGAGCAAGCAAACUUGCGUUUAUGCAAACAGCAAUUCGAAGUCACGAUCACCUAUUCCAGCUGUAGCUGUCGAGCCACCGCCAACUGAUCAGGAUGGAAAUGAUGAAGAGGACACGCAGAGGUCGAGUCCUUCAUCCCAGGCAGUCGUGGAAAAUCAUCAGGGCACCAACAAUAGCGAAGUCACGCCUGGUUCAACGACACUUUCGAACAUCAGUAACCAGCCAUGCCUUCCCGAGGCGGUCAAUUGUACCUACAUUCCGGAAAUACCUCCAGAUGCAGCACUCAGCCGCUGGCUAGGACUGCUCGCCAAUGAUGCUGUCAGCGGUGAUCCAAGCAUUGGAUUCCUUCGAGGCAUGCCAACAUCGCCAGAUGCAGCCACCCACAGCCAGCAGUCGCCUUCGUUCGGCGACAACAUAGCCUUUGAUACUCUUGGCCAGCAAUACAGUUUUCCGAUUGAGAUCGCACAUCGACCGCCCGGAGGAUCUGUAGUCAAUGAAGAGGCACCUUCGAAUCCCUGGCUGGACUCCCGGCCAAACGAGUUAUCCAACUUUGAGUCUGCACUGUUUCACAACUUUGUGACCGAAGUCAGCUCUUGGAUCGAUUUGCAUGACCCAUGCAACCAUUUUGCACUUGUCGUGCCGCAUCUUGCAAUGCGUGAUUCCGGCCUGAUGAAUGCAAUUCUAGCACUUUCCUCCCGCCAACUAUCCAUCAGCCAUAAUGCGACUCCCGAGGAACAAGACUCUAAGAUCGGAAUCCAGUAUUACUACAAGACCCUCCACUACCUCCAAAAGGCCAUGUACAUCGAAGAAUACACGACAAGCCUAGAACUUCUAGCCACCGCCCUGAUCGUCUCCAUGUACGAAAUGCUCGACGACUCCGGCACGGGCAGCGGCUGGGAGCGCCACCUCAAAGGCGUCUUCUGGAUCCAACGAAGCAAACUCAUACAAGGCGAGACCGGAGGCCUCCGAUCCGCCGUCUGGUGGGCAUGGCUCCGACAAGACAUCUGGGCCGGAUUCCGCGAGCGCCGCCGAACACUGAGCCUCUGGACACCCACAAAGUCAUACACAACCAUGACGUCCUUCGAGAAAGCCGCCCGGGUCGUCUGGAUCUUCGCGAAAGCAGUCGACUACUGUUCCGCCGACGCGAUGAAAGACGGCGUCAACAACGUCAAGCUGCGGCUCGACAGCGCGGAGAAAAUCACCGCCAUGCUCGACGAAUGGCGCGACAACCUCUCCGACGAAUUCACCCCUCUGCCUUAUCACAAACAGCGGCAGCAGCAACACUCCAUCGACGGGUUCGACCCGAUAUGGAUACACCCCCCUUCCUUCGCCGUCUCCAUGCAACUCAACUACGCCGCCCGCAUCCUCGUCCUCCUGCACAAGCCCUCCCUCGGCGGCGCCACGGACUACAUGGAGCAACAAAAAGUCCUCACCGCGUACUCCACCAUAAUAUGCCAGCUCGCGAUCCCGCUCACGGACGCGGCCUCCAGCGUCAUGUCGUCGCAGUGUUUGUACAUAGCCGGGUUGUGUAUUCAGGACACGAAGCAUAGGGAGGCUGUGGUGGGGUUGAUCGAUGGGUGUCAUAGGAGGGUUGGGUGGCCGCGGGUUUCGCUCAGUGUGGAUUUGAGGGAGCAGUGGGCGAAGACGGGGGGGUCGUGAGGGAUGUCGUCGAAGGAAGAUGCUGAAUGUAUUCGACGGAUUAUCUGGGGUGUUGUAGAUGUUGAGAGGUACGUCACAAGGGACACGGCGUCCAAGAUCGAGUUCGACUAGGGCGAACGACAACCGCUGUUUGAACAGUCGAUAUCUGGAGGCCGGAGGAAGACACACAGGACCUCACGGCGAAGAAGACGAUGUCAUUCGGAUCUUUGUAGCCAUGUAUCAUCGCUCCGAGGCUCACGACUCAGCUAACGUGAUAAACGAUACAUGGCUCAGUUUCAAAAAAAUGGACGUAGACCAAACGCACAGUUCGUAUAGACGACUGAAGCGACUAGAUUAGAAGGCUGCAUUUCGCAGGGAUACUAUGUUAUAUUGUACAUAUUACAACACCAAGC